AUGGCGAAUGUUAGAAUUUUAUUCCUCAUCAUGUCUAAUCCUGGAUUCAUUGAUAUAUCACAAUCUCCGCAGAAAGUGUCGGCACAGUCAUGUGAUGGUAAGAACGGAUGCUGUGCUGGAUUUACAUGGGAUGCAUCACUUAGAGCUUGCAGAAAAUGCACGGAUGGUUAUUUCGGUCUCAACUGUAGUCAACCAUGCCUGUAUCCCUAUUACGGAGAAAACUGCAGCGCAAAAUGCCAGUGUGCAGUACAAUUCUGUAACAACACAUUUGGUUGCUUUGAUAAUCAAAGUACAACUGAAACUGACCGACAGCUGUCGCAGGGAAUAACCCUUGAAAUUGAGACACAUAAAAGAAAUGCUUACGACGAGUCGGCUGGUACAAUUGGACAUAUGUUUUCCCAUGAUACAUUCAAAGUUAUACUUUCAAUUGUCUGUGUUGGAAUAGUUCUACUUUUAAUUUUUCUAAUUACUAAUUUUAUUUUAUACAUACGUACACUAAACAUUUUGAAAAAUCAUUACGGAUCAACCAUGAUGAAACGUUGUUUUGGAAGUUUGAAGAACGAGCAAAAUAUUCAAAAAAUAAUAGAAGGAACUGCAAAUAUUUCAAUGAUCUAUGACAAAAAAAGACCACGUAUUCUCUUGAAAUUCAAAAUAAAAGCAAACAAACAAAUCGAACGGACAACCAAUAUCUGAUUUCAGAAGAAACACGACAUCUGUCUGAAGAGUUAAGGGAAUACGAGUCUAUAAAUGAAGGGGUGCCAUUCAUGCUUUCUACAACGAGUCAUCGUGUUGACGAAAGCAUAAUCAAUACUGCUGACACUUCAUCAGAUUAUAAAGAUGAAUUUGAUACAAAUUUGAAACAAAUAUCAAUUCAAGAUCUAGACUCCACUGAAAACAUUUUACAGAAUGAUCGACAGCAAGACGAGUAUCUAACG